AUGCCUAUUGCGUCACCCGACCGAUUUGUACCCUUCUAUAUACCGCUCCAAGAUCGGUUUCGAGCCACCAAGCAAGCCCACGAACUAUCACCGUUAGAACGGCUACAUCGUACAGAUACUGCCGCUUCUGAUGUCUUCUGUUUCACCCCAAAGCGUUCUACGCCUAUCUCCGCCCGGCUAACUUCUCGGUCGGAUGGAAAUGAUCGACGUGUCGGCACCGUCCUACGAUUACAUGGUUUAGAGCGCCGCCAGAUCAGUAACGGCGCCGUUUGGUCCGUUGGUGGCCUGGUCCCCGGUGGUAUUGACGACGGUCGUGGUCGUCGCGUAAGCUCUGGCACAAAUGCUCGCCUAUACACCACUUCGUUUUCGAACACAAGGCCGAAAUCUGAAGAAGAACAAGAUAAACAUGAAGGAAGGUUAGCUCUAGCGCUCAAAAUAGAUCGUGUCCAGCGGAUGCUAGAGUUCGAUGGAUAUUCUACAUUUCCUCGCUGCAAGUAUAAAGGCAAGCCAUUUCUACGAGAAUCCGGGACCACAUGGACUGGAAGCGAAUGGAGCAAUGACCAACAUGUGCCGAAGAUAGUAAAAGAAGAGCGAUGCCUUCCUAAUGCUCCAUUUAAAGUCUUAGAUGCACCAGGUCUCCGAGAUGACUUCUAUUGCUCCAUCAUGGCAUAUUCUCGAACAUGCAAUACUUUGGCUGUCGGAUUAGGCAACCUCCUUUAUGGGUGGUCGGAAUCCUCAGGCGUCACGCUUCUAAAUGCUGGGCUCAAGGAUGGAUCGUGGUUAACCUCGGUGGCUUUCUCGUCUGACCAAGGUGGCAAGUCAAUACUAGCCUUUGGUCGCUCAAGCGGCUUGCUUUCCCUAGUAUCGCUCUUCGAUAGCCUGCUCCCUCGCUUCGAAGCCUACCACCCCUCACCGAUAGCAUGCCUUGCCUGGCGCCCCAUCACGACCCAACGGCCCUCUUGCAGCCGACGUAACCCCGGCGUCAUUGUAAAGACGGAAGACCUUCUCGUUGGCGACGACAUGGGUGAUGAGGUGGCUCGAGAGAAUUGGCGCGGCGCUAUGACUUUACUCGUACGCAUCAAAGUUCACUCACAACAGAUAUGUGGCCUCGCAUGGUCCCCCGACGGUGAGCAGUUCGCCACGGGAGGUAAUGAUAAUCUAUGCUGUCUCUUCAACAUAGACGGCGUCGCAGACGUAAGACCCUGCGGAAACGUGGGUCUCUUCGAGUCAUCAGCCGUCAAUCCUCCUGGCAACGGAGGACCGUAUACAGUAAAUCCAAUAGAUGGCGUGUCAUACUCUCCUAUUCAAGUCGGAUUCGACUGCCCUAAUCCACUACCGGCCUUGAAGGAUUUACCAGCUGGUUCGGAGAAGCAUCGGUGGCGCCACGGAGCAGCCGUCAAAGCGAUUGCGUUUUGUCCAUGGCGACAAGGUUUAAUUGCCACUGGUGGAGGAUCCAAUGAUAAAUGUAUACAUUUCUUUCACACGAAUUCAGGGGCGGCGCUCGCUACGAUAUCGGUCGCGGCACAGGUUACAUCCCUUAUAUGGAGCACGACUCGACGGGAGAUCGCAGCGACUUUUGGGUAUGCACAGCCUGAUCACCCGUACCGUAUCGCCGUAUUCAGCUGGCCAGACUGCCGGCAAGUGGCGGCCGAAAGAUUGAGAAGUCGGACGGCCGAGGAGGGGUGUAUUAUCGUGGCUAGCAGUGAUGAGAGUGUCAAGUUUCACGAAGUCUAG